ACCAGCUGGGGCGCUCGGGUAAGUACAAUAUCUAAAGAUGGAGAUUGGGAGAUUGAUUGUUCAGAGCCUCUCAUAUCUCCUUUCCAAUAAUUUUGCACCAUUCACUUACUCCAUUUAAACUCAAAAAGUGUUGCUGGAAUGAAGAAGUACGUUGCAGAGAAUGAGAUAUCCGGACAAACAUUAGUAGCGAUCACUUCAGGAGCUAAUAUGGAUUUUGAUCGACUUCGUUUUGUGUCCGAGCGUGCCGAUGGAUCUGAACGAACACUUGUUGUAGAUAUUCCCGAAACUCCUGGUUCAUUUCGUCUACUGUAUUCUCUCAUUUGGCCUAGGAAUGUUACUGAAUUUUCUUACCGUUACGACGAUCAAGGAGAUGCACACGUUUUGAUUUCCUUUCAACCCGUAGUUAACAUCGACAAUGACUUCGAAGGAAUCAUAAGCACCAUUGAAGACAACGGAUUUACAUGUGCUGACGUGACAGAUAGCGAACUAACUAAGGUCCAUAUCAGAAACAUGGCUGGUGGUCGGUCCAAUGUUCCCGAUGAGCGUUUGUUUCGAUUUAAUUUUCCUGAGGCACCGGGUGCACUUCAACGGUUCCUUCUGAGUUUAGAUAUAGAAUGGAAUGUGUCACUUUUCCAUUAUCGUAAUCAUGGUACGUUUGUGCCGUCGUUCUGAUGCAAGAAUUGAUCUUUGUGAACGAUGGAAUGUUUGACAAUACAUUCAGAUUUCCUCAUAAUCCUUCUUCGCUUCAUUUUGUUUACAGGUGAUGACUUUGGCCGAGUGCUUGUGGGCAUUCAAGUACCAGAUGGCAAGGAAACAAACGCUCGACUUGGGCGCUUCCUUGAUACUUUACAUUAUGAUUAUGUUGAAGAAACGGACAAUCCAAUC